AUGGACGUGCUAUGCCACGUUGCCACGCUUGAUAGCCCCAUGUUCAAAAAGAAACGCCACGAUAAUGAGGUCCGACACCUGGAUUCUCAACUAGCGGCUGUCUCCCAUGAUAUCAGGGAAUCCCUGCAUGCGAAGGAUCUGGUCAUUGUCGAGUGCCACCGGUGGCAGCCCAAGUUCCCAAAGACCUAA